GCCUACAUUCAUGCCAACUCAACAAUCACCUAGCGGAUAAACCGUUUGAUAAACCUGCCUUCUACUUGGGCUGCAAGUGACCCGAUUCCAAUUUCUGUUGUUUAUAUGAUAACUCUCUCUGGUCCAUCAAUUUGGACUUCACUGUCCUCCAGUUUCAACAUUGUUCGCUAGCCCCCACUCUUUCUCUUUCUAAAGUCACAUCCAUACACAGACACACAUCUCCUUUUAACUUGCUAUAUCAAUGGCGGAUCCUCCUCCUCCUCCUCCACAGGAGCAAAACCCCAACAGUCGGCCAAACCAAAAUUCUCAACCCCCACCGACUCCAGUAAAGCCCAUGCCCAUGCCCAAACCCAUGGGCUCAAGAUACCGGCCGGAGGAGCCCAACCGGCGGGCCCUCUGCGCCUGUAUCGCCACCGUCCUCCUAUUAGCCGGCCUCGUAAUCCUUGUCCUGUGGCUCGUCUAUCGCCCCACAAAGCCCCACUUUGAUGUGGUCGGUGCCGCCGUGUAUGGCCUCAACGCCAAAGCCCCACCGCUCAUGACUACCUCCAUGCAGUUCACUAUCAUCAUAACGAACCCCAACAGGCGCGUCGCCAUCUACUUCGACACCCUCAACGUUUAUGUGUCGUACCGGAACGACCCCAUCACAACGCCGAUGGCGCUUCCACCGCUGUACAUGGAGGUCCACAGCUCGGUGUCACUGUCGCCAAUGCUAGGAGGGUCGCCGGUGCCGGUUUCUCCGGAUGUGUCAAAUGGGUUGGCGACGGAUGAAGCUUAUGGUGUCGUUGGGGUGAGCGUGAUCAUGCAGGGCAAGUUGAGGUGGAAGACCGGAGGUAUAAAAACAGGGCAUUAUGGGAUUUACGUGAAGUGCGACGUCAUGAUGAGCUUGAAGAAAGGGGUAUCCGGUCAGGUUCCUCUCACCGGAGCUCCGGCAUGCUACGUCGAUGUAUGAAGAAGAUUGUGCUGCGAAGGCUCCAUUAAAGAGUUAAUACAUACAGUUUUCUGGAUCAUUUACUUCCUCUCAUGUACUCUUCAUUUUCUUUGAUUUGUUUUGGAUCUUCGUGCUUACAGCAUACUCGCAUAUCUUUGUUUUUCCGUGACAGAUAUUGUACUUCAAUUUUCUUGACGGUUGCAUCAUAUCAUAAUUAUAUAUAUACCAGAACGUUAGUUGUAUCUGUUCUU